AUGUUUGCUGAGAAGGUAGACACUUUGAAGUUCGGAAGCGAAGACAUCGAAGACGAGUUGAUUCACGCUAUUAUUGUACCAAACUACUGCGAAGACCUCCACACUCUGGAAACAACUCUCAAAGUACUGGCCAGUCACCCACGGGCCAAAUCUCAAUAUGAGAUAUACCUCGCCAUGGAGCAAAAAGAGACCGUCGCUAUCGAAAAAUCAGCACAUCUCGUUUCCUCAUUCGAAGGAUCCUUCCUCCACAUUCGUCCUACCUUCCAUCCAUCCGGUGUACAAGGAGAAAUUGCAGGCAAAAGCUCGAAUGUGGCAUUUGCGGCGAAGAGAAUCGUGCAGAUUCAUCAUACAGAUCUGAGUGCAGAUUGCUGCAGGGUGGUGGUGACCGUCAUGGAUGCUGACACGCAUCUCACAUGCGACUACUUCACAGAGAUUCGUCGACUCCACUACUCUCACAUCGAGGAUGCAGACCGCGCAAUCUACUGCUGCCCUAUAAUCUUUGAUCGCAACUCUAACGAUACUCCAAUCUUGGUUCGGUGCGCCGAUCUCCUCUGGGGCUUUGCAGGACUCUCAACAAUGUUCCCGGGAACACCCAUUUCUAUCCCCACAUCUGUAUACUCCCUACCACUUUCGCUUGCGCAGAAAGUUGGUGGGUGGGACAGUGACCCGACAGCUAUCGGAGAAGACAUGCACAUGCUGCUCAAGUGCUACUUUGAAACAGCCGGAAACCUCAUUUCCCGUGUGAUAUAUAUCCCCGCAAGCCAGUGCAAUGUCUCAGGUGACGGCGGUCGUGGUUGGAGACGGACACUGAAUACCGGUGUUGCUCGAUACCGUCAGGCGCUGCGACACAUGUGGGGAGCGCUCGACUCGGGCUUCGCAGCACGCCGCACAUUCAGUUACCUCCGUUUCCACAAGCGAUGCUCAUUCAUCAGCCUUAGACAUUUUGCCCUGAUGCAUUUGCUCUGGGAAGCUCACUUCUUGCCUUGUCAUUUGGUCAUAAUUAUGAUAUUCUCUGUGCUGUACACGAUCUUGACACCCGCAUCGCAGAUGCACCCCACACUGGCGCGGGCAUUCUUCAUCAAUGAUGUUUUGCGGACGUCUGCCUUCUUUGGAAUGAAUUUCUGCAUUUUCUUAUAUGAUCGGUGGCAUGCCAUCUGUCUCAACUCGCGGAUGCGGGACAUGCAUGAAGGCAAUGUGCCAGACACUGGUUUCUCCCCGCGCAUCUGGUAUAAACCGCGGCAGCUCUUGGAGAGAAUCUGCUUUCCGGUCGCGGGAACUCUUUAUGGUGCUAUCCCGGCUUUGCAUGCCGUAUUUUCUCAUUUCUUCACUGAUCGAUUGGUAUAUCGAGUCAGCAAGAAACCGACUUUCAGUCCCGAUGCAGUUGGUUUGGCUUGA